AUGGAUAGUGAAGGGGACGAGGAGGCCGGAAAUGUCAUUCGGUUUUUGACGACCGUGGCGCAGCACGAUCCCGUACUGAAGCGGUGGCUCGCCCGGCGCAAGGAGAGCCGGAUGCACUUCACCAGCCCAGAGGCACUGGCGGAGGUGCAGCGGCAGCUGGCUCAUGCCGUGAUCAGGAGGGUGGUGGACGAAGUGGGUGCGGCAGAGUCCUUCGCCGUCGUGGUAGACGAGACGGCAGACGUGGCAGGGCGUGAGCACAUGGCCAUCUGCCUGCGCUUUGUCACAGAGGCGCUGACCGUCAGGGAGACGUUCAUUGGAUUGUAUCAGGCUGACUCCACCACGGCCGCAGCACUGUUUGGUCUCAUCCAGGAUGCCCUCACUCGUCUUCAGCUCCCGAUGGACCGAAUUCGUGGUCAGUGCUACGACGGCGCUGCCAACAUGGCCGGCGCUUUCCGAGGCGUGCAGGCCAGAGUGAAGGCGGUAGAGCCGCGCGCAGCGUUCGUCCACUGCACGGCCCACCGCCUGAACCUGGUCUGUCAGGAGGCACUGAACGGCGUGCGAGAGGUCCGGGACGCCAUCCAGGAGGUCGGUCGACUGGUAUCUUUUUACCGCGACUCGCCGAAGAGGAUGGUUGCGCUAGAGCACGCUGGAGCCCAGAUGUCCCUGCGUCCGCUGUGCCCCACCCGAUGGACCUGCAGCGAGGCGUGCCUGACCUCCGUGGUCAAGCAGUACGGGCCCCUGGUGACCAGCCUUGAUGAGCUCGCGGACGAUGCUAAGGGACAGUCGCAGCCGGUGUCUGCCAACCUGGGGGUUGCACGUGCUGCCAGGGAUGUCGUCCUGUCCCAGCGUGACCGCUUCGAACGCCUUUGGGCGGAGCUGACGUCCGACGCGGAGCGCCUGGGAGUGUACUGCGAAGCCGUCGACUGGUUGGCCGGCUCCAUCAGCGGUCGGUUCGACUCAGAUGAGCCCACUCUAGCCAUGGCCGAAAAGGCGCUCCUUACGGCGGAAGAGGACGCGCUGGUGGCAACCGCCACCUUCUACAACCUGGACCUGGAGCGACUCCGCCUCCAUUGCCAGAUGUUGGUGGAUGUGGCGUCAAGCCAGAGAAAGGCACCACUGACCUCCCUCGACGACGUGGUGGCCCUACUGAGCGAUGAGGGCCUGCGGCAGUGGUAUGUCGUCGCCGCUACGACUGCCCAGUGUUGUGCUGUCACCUUCGUAGCUAUAUGCCACUGUUGA